AUGUCCCAGAUACCCGGACUUGGUUUCCGCGACCAUCCUUUCUGCAUGCCGAAGCGCGAAAGCCGCAGCAGUCGGAUGUCACGUUCCAUAUCGCUACGCAUAGACAAGCCUUCACCCCAACCAGCGUCAAAACGGGACGAAAUUCCUAAGAAGAGUCUGAUCGCCCUCCUGCCAAAGACGGGAUAUCUCCUCGUUGCAGUCUGUAUUGCCGCCGCCGCCGUGAGCAGUCUCAUCUUGAGCGGGAUCCUUGACGCAUCUCAGACGACGCGUUCGCUUGUCCUCUCUAUCAUCUGUUACUUGUCAUCCAGUAUUUUCAUCAUCUCCGUGGCUUUCUGUAACGGAAUUCGACAGGCUCCUCAAAGUCCGGGGCUAUUAACCUUUGUGUUCUUCUUCAUCUGGGUUGUUAUUCAAAUCCUUUGUUUCUUCAACAUGAAGAUCCUAUGGAGUCAGGAUUGGCCUACUGAUAUCAAGAACUUGGCGGUGGCCUGGAUGCUGCUGAGCCUGGCCUCCAUAGCAAUCUACAUCUUUGCCCUCAUCCGGAUCAUGGCUGUUUCGAGGAAGGACCUUCAUUCGAAAAAGCUCGACUUGGAAGCAGCUAAGCCAGCGUCGCCGUGGGCGAAGGGGCCCUGGGAUCAUGCUGAGCUCGGCGAGCCGCAACCACCAGUUUACACUCCCCGAAGGGAAAAUUUGAAGAAGCUUCAUUCGGAGGCAGCUGCAGAACCAGCGUCGCCGUGGGAGGGAGAAGGCGUCCUGCGAUCCACCAAUUUACGUUCCACGAUGGGAAGUUCGAAGAAGCUGUAUUCGGAGGCAGCUGCAGAGCCAGAGUCGCCGUGGGAGAAAGCGUCCUGGGAGCAUGUUGAAUACGGCGAGCGGGAGUCGCAACCACCAGUUUCCAUUCCGCGAAAGGAAUUUUACCAAUUGCGGGGUGUAUCCUGUACUUGCACCACCCGUGGGCCGUGA